GCCGGCGCCCGGCCGAGUCAAACACGUUACUGUACCAUUGAUUUGGGUGGCAGGAGGGCUCGAUGCGACCCACCAUGCCGACAUGACUCGUCGAUCGCUAGCUAGCUCAUGCUCGUCGUCGAAGGGUAUGGUGUGAGAGAUUCGGCAGAGCAAGUGGAGGAGUGUGGUAUUGAAACAGACCUCGGUCGCUAAGGUCAGCGGGUCGCGUCGAACGAAUCGAAGCUCGCGGUCGUUCGGAAUGGCUCUAUGUGCGUCACUUCCCGCAGCGGCAUGGCGGAGCAGAUCGGCGAGCGAGCGAGCUGAUUAGCGAGGGUGGGAAAUCGUGGGGUCGUAAGUCUUGGAAGACCGGGACGGAGACGACUCGCUUCGUCCUCCUCUCAUAAGUGUUCGAGGACAAAGAUGGAGGAUAGUAAAUUCGUGAAGUGGGUUGGUUUGUUUGUUUGAGUUCCGUGACUUCUUUAUGCUGCGAGUAAAGUGAAGGUUACUUCCACAGCGCCAUGCGCGCUCUUCUCUUAAGCGUUAAGCCGCUGAGCAGAGCAGAACAGAACAGAACGGACGUGUGACUAACAUGAUCAAAUAGAUUCCGGAACGCCAAGUUGCCGAAAAGCAACAAUAUGACAAUCUGUCCAGUGCUGCAGGCACGUUUCAGACCCUCUCCCGCAGCGGCAGCAGCAGCCGCAUUAUUAUAAUUGUAAUCCAAUCAUUCAUGCCUCCCUCACUCCCUCCCUCCCUGGCUGGGAAUCUCGAGCUCAAUGAUCAUCAGCAUAACAAACGAGCCAAUCAAUCGAACAACCGCACAGCAGAUGAACAACAGCAAACGACUGAUUACGCACUGUCAUUUCCCCGCUCGCUCCAUUCGUAUCCUACCGAAGUCUUGGGGGUUGAGAUGCGGAGAAAGAAGGUCCCUCGCUCAAAACAAAAAGGCGCACCGGGUCGACAAGACAGCUCGUCUUUUGACGAAGUGCGUGAGACUCAGACAGAGACCGAGACAGGAGGGACAGGACGAAGCGAGAAAGCCCCGUGAUUUUUUACACCGGAAUUAGUCUCGUUCCAGAAGUGGCGGUCAACAGGAGCUGGCGUGUGUGUUGGACCUUGCACAGACGUACGUUCUGCAAGACGAGAUGCGAGCACCGCAGCGGUCACUUGCACAACUGGAGCAGGAGCAGGAGCAGUCAUGCGAGCGACGAGUCAUAGUCUUGAGCCAAUGCCAGUCCGAGACCGAGCUCCUCGACUGAAGUAACGCCUUCCAUGAAAUGGACGGGCUGCUGCUGCCGCUGCUGAGAAACCUGGCAGCCCCGCAUCUCGGAAUGUGCAGGCGGGUCAGACUCUUGUGAGAGGCCCGCGAGAAGAUUUGCUGCCGCCAGCGAAUCUCGCUCCUCUGGUUUAAACGUGUGGUUAGGUUAGGUCGCGCUUGUAUUCGUCGUAGUUGUAGGAUGAAGACGAUGAGGAGUGUGGGCUGUGUCUGACCAGACGCAGACCCCUGCACCAAGCCUGUUUGCCAAGCCAAGAAGUGGCACAGAGAGAAAGAGAGUAAGAGAGAGAGAGAAAGAAUUGUUGAUGGAAUCUUGGUCCAGGGGCUGAAUUAUUUUCCUAGUUCAUGAAUGAACGAAUGAAUGGCAUAACGUAAGUAUGAGCAGACCACAGCACAUCAAGUGAACUAGGUCACAUGUUACCGGAAGAUGCGAAGCGACUAAGCAAGCUCGCUCGAUCGCUGGCUUGGGUUCGUUCGGUUCCAGUUUUUCAGAGCGAGAGGGUGAAAGGCAACUACUUCGAUGGUGCUUGGGCCAAUACGACGCUCUGUUGAGUCUGAGUGAGGGUCAGGAUCGCUGGCUGACUGUCUGGCGUACUGACUAUGGGAAGAAGGACUGCUUUAUAGUUACCGUUUACGAGUGGAGAGAGAGAGAGGAGAAGCAUAGCAGCAGCACAUGACUGUGAGUCAUGAGUUAGAAGGAAACAAAACCUGAGCCAAAGUGGAAUGGCAGGACGAGUCCAGAUACUUUUCGGUCGUCGCUUUUGGUAACAUGUCAGUGACUGAGUGCAGAGUUGCAUUGAGCAUUACUUUUAUCUCUGCUGAGGGAGUAUUUGAUUGUUGUGGCAGAGAGACUCAUAAGAAGAAAGGAAGGGAGGAGAGCGAUGACUUGAUUGAUGAGUUCAGCGAGUCUAUCAGAGCAGCAACCCAAAGAUCUUAUCGUAACAUAAGAUGCUCCAGCUACACGAGAAGUGAUGGAAAUAAAUUACGAGACUGCCUGCCCCGCCCCUCCUUGAUCCAUACAGACACAAAUUACAGCAUAUUCUGUACAUCCUAGUACUGGACUGACUGACUGACUAGAAUCACAUGAUUCUCUUGCCAGCCUCACAGGCCCUCAUAGGGUCCCUGUUGAGCUGGACCCUUCUUUUGUGUAGCUGGAUGCUCGACGUUUUAUCUCCAGAUCUCGCGAUACACGCACACUUGACCGCAUAUAUAUUCCCCGCGGUAUCGUGUGUAAGACUCUACUCAUAUAUAUCUCCCAUGUUUUCCUUAGGCACUACUGACUUUCCACUUUGUAUAUUGCAGUGCCCACGCAUUCUCUAUUCUGAUGUUGUGAUGGUUUCCACAAGUCUAAUGGUCGGCAGCUGAAGUUGCUGAAGGUAGCUCGGCAAGGCGUUCCCUUGCUUUUUCUUAAGCUCGGCAAGGCGUACGCAACAGUCAUCAGAAUCAAUGGUUAAUUAUUUUACGGGCUUUGUCUAAACGAAUGAUGUCACUAUUCUUGGUAAACGCGUUUGCAGUUAAGAACUUCGCACGAGUGAUUUUGCAGCGGCAAUAGAUUACUAACUACCGUAGCAGCAUCAUCUUCGAUGACGCUGUGGCAAGUCUUACACCCCGGCUGUGCUUCACCACCCCAAAGAGGCAAUGAAGUUCUCUUUGUCCCGAGUGAGUGUUGAAGAUACAAAUCACAGAAGGUCCCGAGAGUAGGUUGUACUAUAAAGAAUAACCUGGCCUGACUGCGCAAUCCUUCUUCCCCCAGUGACCAUCCCCACGGUACUACUUUCUGGCAAGGAGUGUGUGGUUAGGCCCUUGGUUUAACAACCAUAGGCUGCAGCUAGUGUUGGCCGUGGAAGAGCAAAUGGAGCGAGCUGGGCGUUUCCUCAGGGCAAAUACGAACCUGCUGCGUCCUCCUCGUCCGGGAGACUCUGAUUGGCUGGCUGGCCCAGUCUAACCGGUUUUGCAUUAGUACUUGCGAACUUUGAUGAUUGUACAAAUAGAGAGGAGGUGCUUGGACAUUGAGACAAUGACCCUGAUGCCCAGGUGCCAGGUUGCCCGGAGUUGCAUGCAACGGUCUCAUGCUUCUGAAAGGGAAUAGCAGGCUAAUUUUCACCUUCUCGGGGUCCAAGAUUUGCAUCUUCCUCGGUACUUGCUCUCUCCCUUCACUUGAUGUGUACCUCCACCAGGUCUCUUGAGACCAGAGGGGGAGUGAAAUUUACUGCUAGCGUAAGGAGCUAGUAAUAAGAUGCCCCUCGACAAGAGCAUAUGCCACUUCCAGGUCUUCGUCGUCGGGGCAAAGCUGGACUGGUGAAGGUAUGAUCGUGGCUAACCGUAUACGUCGUUGUUACCGUAUGCAGUUUUUCCUGAGCCUGCAUACCGACUUCCCCUGCUGUCAUCGGUACCGGGGGACUGCCGAGUGUGGAAAUUGGAUUGAGUACUGCCAGCACGGCAAAGUCCCGGCUUUAAAAUUAUGCAAGUCAAUAUCCAGUCCAUGAAUACAUAAAAUAAUAAAGUGUAAGAGGCAUUGUCAUUGAUAGGCUACUGUUUCUGAGAGUCACAGUCCAGGCAAAGGUUGCAAGGGACUCUCCAGUUCUUUUGCAGUUGGAACUUGGACUUCGAGCUCGCUGGCUGUAGAGAUGCUUUGGAUAUCUGUCAGAAAGACUUUGCACAGUGCGAACUGGAAGUGGGUCUGACUACAAGCUUUUGACUCCAUACCAUUUCCUUCUUGCCCUAAGCAGCAGCAGUAGAUGCAGUAGUAGUUCGAAGCAAUCUGCAACGGACCCCAUAGCCUUCUCACACGCUGUCUGUGAAUCUGUGGGUCCAGUCCAGUCUCGCCUGGACCAGCGUAGGUGUAAGCUAGCAGCUUGCAAAUUGUGUCUGAUGAUGAGCACAGCAUAUACCACCCACUGGACAUACAAUUUGAGGAGGUAGAUGCUUGCCAUUUGACAGCCGGAGCAGCAGAAUUUUCACACAGUGACCAUGCGAUAUUGUGCAGUGCCGGGACGAGGAGGAGUAGUAGCACUAGUAUACUAGCUACCCUGAGCCUGAGGCAACCGCUGCAAGCCUCUCAGACAGACUCCAAAGAGCUUUAGCUUUCCCAUGGCACAUGCAGGCUCUUGUUAAAGAUAUACAAUCGUUGGAAAUUGUUGGCAGAUCUGAAGACGAAGAUCGGCAUCUAAGAACAACGCCUGUGCUCGAGCUGUGGGUCCAGCUGUUUCCUCAGAGAGAGAGAGAGAGAGAGUACAGGCGAAUCGUCACUGCAUUGACUCUAUGGAAGCUUGGCCCAGGACCUGAUAUGCAGGCAUAACUACAACUGUGCCUACUAACUGGUUCUCAGAUACGAGUCCUCAGAAUCCUCCCUCGCUGAGUACCCAGUUUCCUGUAGGCUAAGCACAGUGCUUUUCAUUCUUCUUUUGAUGAAUGCAUCAGACACUUCUCUGUCUGUCUGUCUUGUCUGUCUGUGCGACGAUGGGCUUUACGAGAAUUGGUGCUACAAUCACUAACUGGGCUGAUGCUAGGUGUGAUAUCAGACGCAGUCGAAGAGGAUACGGCGGUUUAAACUACUUUCCUACACUCUCCGUCUGACAUUGAAGAUAGUGUAGGUGUCUGGUAUAUUCCUCCAAGGACGAAACAGUUAAGUCAGUAACUACCACGAAGCAUCACCUUGUGGAACAUGCAUGUUAUUGUGUGAGUAGGUGACGACCUCGUUUUCAGUGUGAAUGCAAUCUUCGUAUGUGUAUUCACGAAUGAAUUCGAAAGCUAAUUAGUGAGCCGGGUGGAAUUUUUCCUCUUUCCUUUGGUUUGAUGUUCAGCAGCAAUGCCAAAUUCAUCAUCCUUC